ACAGUCAUCUACUAUACGUUCGUGAGCUCCGUGACAUAUUUGCGUGGUUAUAUCUUUUGUAUUUAGUAGAAAAGUGAAUACGUUAAUAAGAAAUAAGUUUUUUUUAAUGUAAUUGUGCGUGAUAUAGCUUAAGUUUGUUACAAAAUUGAUUUGUGAGUGUUAAUAAAAUAAAAUUGUAUAACAAGGACGAAUACAAGUCGAUAGCUGCACCUCAAAAUGGCUGCUGUCAAUAAAUCAAAUCUUUUGAACCUAGAAAAAGUGUGUAGAGCAUGUUUGCAAAUAAAAAAGGAUAUGAGACCUUUAUUUGAACAACUUACUGCGACAAUGUUGAUGGGAAUAUCCAAUGUGCAGGUGGCGGUCGGUGAUGGUUUACCAUCUCAACUAUGUCUUCAGUGUGUGCACCAAAUAUCCAGAUGCCAUGCCUUCAAGGAGAUGGUGGAAAGAAAUGACGUCACAAUACGUGAUCAGCUGAAGUGGGUAGCGGAAGAGACUCUCAAGAAAAAUGAGAAUAAAAUCAGUAUAACCUGCGCGGAACAGCCUUUCAUCCAAUAUAUUGAAGUGCCAAUGCCGAAUAGCAAUCAAAUGUUGGACGAAUUCUUUACCAACACACCAGAACAGGUACAGGCCGAAAAACCUGACGACGAAGAGAAGACGAAUUUUGAAGUCAACAAGGAACAAAACAACGAACAAGCUCCAUCUAAAGACGAAGAAGCACUAACCAUGGAUGAAAACUACAUGCAAAUGGUGGUAUUCCAAGUGACGUCAUCAGUGUCUCCUGGCCGUCAUGUCUGUAAUCUCUGUCACAAGGAGUUUAAACAUGGCAGAUGGCUCAAGUUACAUAUGCGAUCUCAUACAAACUGGAUAAAGGCGAACUGUAAGAAGCCCCCGAUGUGCCCCGUCUGUAAGAAGACGUUUAAGGGUCCAGGCAUGUUACGUAUGCAUAUGCGCACGCAUGAACAACGCCCGCCAAAACAACCGACAUGUUCCGUCUGUCAGCGAACAUUCCCGAGUAAAACGCUACUUUACCGACAUAGACAAACUCAUUUUGAACAGAAAUUGCAUCAGUGUACUAUCUGUGAGAAACGCUUCUUUAGUGGCUACGCAUUAAGGUCGCAUUUGGCACGACACAGAGGAGAAAGACCGUAUAUGUGUACCAUUUGUUCUAAAAGCUUUUAUAAUCCGACUGAUUUAAAGGUGCACUUUAGGCUGCAUACAGGUGAGAAACCACUAAAAUGUUCGGAAUGCAGCAAGACAUUCCGUCGCCACUCCACGCUAUGUCAGCACAUGAAGAAACAUCGCGGCAUCAGGAAUCAUAUCUGCAUGGUCUGCAAUAAAGGAUUCUAUGAAGUAUCCAAACUUACAGCACAUAUGAGAGUACAUACAGGUGAAAGACCGUACGAGUGUCAAUACUGCGACCGAAAGUUCGCGCAGCAAUCCGCAUUAAUCUACCACCGACGCACACACACCGGUGAGAAGCCGUACAGCUGCAAGGUGUGUCCUGCACGCUUCACCACCUCCUCCGCCCGCAACAACCACAUGGUCACACACACCGGGAACAAGAAGUUUAUGUGCCCCGUGUGCUUCAAAGGUUGCACCUCUCGUACGGAGCUACGCAUACAUUCCAGUAAACAUACUGGUGAGAAGCUCUUUGGAUGUGAACUGUGCUCACAAAGGUUCAGCUCAGCUUCAUAUUUAGCUGUGCACCGGAGACAUCAUACUGGAGAGAGGAAGUAUCAAUGCGAGACUUGUGGAAAGGGCUACAUAGAAUCAAGUGCAUAUAAGAAACAUUUAAAAACUCAUAUGGGUAAACAAGAUAGUGAAUCCACCGAAAACAAUACACCACAACCUGAAAAAGAAGAAAAAGAAAAGGAGGCACCUCAAAUACCUAUUGCUGAAGAAAAACCAGAAGUUCAACAACCACCGCAAGAACAACCCGUCCAGAUUAUUGGACCUUCGCCGAAGAGAUUUAAAUGUGGCCUAUGUAUAAAGACUUAUAUGUAUUUACAUAGUUUGAAGAAACACAUGCUCUCACAUAUGACGGAACAUCAUCAUCAACAACAACGAUUACUACAAGAACAACGGCAGCAGCAACAACAGCAACAGCAGCAACAACAGCAACAGCAGCAGCAGCAGCAGCAGCAACAGCAGCAGCAGCAGCAGCAACAACAACAACAUCACCAACAACGUCAAGCACAAAGUCAAUUGCAAUCGCAACUGCAGCAAUCGCAACAGCUACAAUCUCAACAGUUGCAACAAUCGCAGCAGUUGCAAUCGCAACAAAUCCCACAGCAGCAGCUGCAGCAGCAGGUGGUGCAGGUGGGCGGGGUUCCGCAACUCGCUCUACCUCUGCACGUCACUGGUGUACAGGGUGGGCAGCACACAUAUCCGGUGAUAUCUUCAGUACAAUCCCUGCAAUUGCAGCAAACUCAUCAACAAGUCAAUACGCCACAGCCGCAACAGCUGCAAGUGCAGACCAUACAAAUCCAUCCACAGCACCAGCCUAUACAAAUACAUGCUGUAGGCGUGCAGCAAGUGCAGCAACAGCAGCUGCACGUGGCUACAUCUGCCUGUCAGACCAUGCUGCCUAAUAUACUGCAGCUCCAACCUGCAACAGUUGCUGUAUCAGGCUUGAGCCAGCAGGAAUUAAGCGGAGUCGCGCACCGCAUCAUACUGCAGCAGCCGCCCACCCAUCCAGCUCUCUACUCCAUACACCACUGAUAUUAGUUAUACUUCUGAGAUUUGUUACACAAUUGAGUCAAGUUGAAUGGGAAUAAUUACACAAUAUAGACUUUUUACACUACUGGGCAGUUACACAAUUGAGUCUUGUUACACUAGUGAGAAUAAUUACACAAUUGGGUAAAGUUACAUCACGGGCGUGAGUUAUGUUGUUACACUUCUGUGUCUGGUUACACAAGUGAGUCUGACCUGGUUUCUCGUUUAGUUGAUUAUAUUCAUAUUUAUUAAUUUUCUUUUUGUCCGCCUUUCCUUUUUUAUGAUAUUGGCAAUGUAUUUUCCGUUAUA